CAUUUAUGAGGCUUUCAAGGUGCACUGUACCUCCCAGACCAGCUCUUACUCAUAGAGGAAACCUGAUCUGCUGUAGCACGGAAACAUCAGCGGUGACCACGGCGAGACAAAAUCCUUAGGGAGCUGCCUGUUUUUAAGACGAAGUGUUCAUGGUAUGAUCCAGCUGGCUUCUAGGAAUCAACAACCCCCUUGUGAAUAAUGGUUAAAAACGGAUCCCACCUGGACGUUGAAACACUGGCAAUGCUCCAGAAUAAAGCUAUCUCCAUCACCCUGCCAGUUGUGUAUACACUGGUGGCUAUGAUCAGUAUCCCCGGAAACUUCUUCUCCCUUUGGGUGCUUUGCUGGCACAUCAAACCCAAAACACCUUCUGUUAUCUUCAUGAUCAACCUAAGUAUCACAGACCUCAUGCUGGCCAGCUGCUUUCCCUUCCAGAUUUCUUAUCACAUCCAAAACAAUCACUGGACCUUUGGCAAGACUCUUUGCAGCCUCGUCACCGUGAUGUUCUACUCCAACAUGUAUUCUUCCAUACUGACCAUGACCUGUAUCAGCAUUGAGCGGUACAUGGGUGUGGUAUAUCCCAUGAAGUUGAUCAAAUGGAGAAGAAAAAGGUAUGCCCUGGCUGUCUGCCUAGGUAUGUGGAUUUUCUUGCUACUAGCUUUCUACCCACUAGAAAGCACAGAUCUGACCUAUGAAGUAGAAGAACUGGGGAUUAUAACCUGUUUUGACGUCCUCAAAUGGAACAUGCUGCCCAACUUUGCAGCCUGGGUAGCCUUUCUCCUCACGCUGUUUGUCGUGCUCUUCCUGAUCCCUUUUGUUGUAACAGUUGGAUGCUAUAUUGGCAUCAUUCGUAAGCUCAUUCAGACAUCCAACAGAUAUGGUAACAGGCAGAAGACCAGAUCCAUAUACCUGGCAGUGAUCGUCCUUCUGGUAUUCAUCACUUGCUUUGCCCCCAACAACUUUAUCCUGCUUGUGCAUAUGAUCAGCCGUCUGUUUUACAGCAGGAGUUUUUACCCUGCCUACAAGUUUACUUUGUGCCUCAGCUGCCUCAACAACUGCAUAGAUCCCUUCAUUUAUUACUUUGCAUCCAAAGAAUUUUACCAGAAAUUCAUGCAAGUGUUUCGCCCUAAGGUACUGCUCAGCGACAGUUUGGAAAACAGAAGGGAAAGCUUGUUCUCUGGCAGGACCAUGUCAGCCAGGUCGAUGUCAAGUGGACCUAUGGAUGGGUUAGAGGGAGUAAAGGUCUAUCUGCAAAGGCAGGAAAGUGUUUUUUAGCCUUAGACAUCCCCAGAAGAAAAUCACAUGGGAGAUCCACGAGCAGACACAGGAAACAUUUCUUUUGGAAUGGCUACCCUCAAAAUACCUUGCUCCAGUGGCAGAACUCAAGCCAUACUUA